ACCUAACACGUUAAAUAUAUCGCAUGAAUAUACGAAAAUAAAAUUGUUAAUUAAAUGUACAUUAUUUAGUUUCCCUUGAUGCCGUCCGCUGCUGUUGUUGUCCACACUGUUUUUGUGACAUCAUAGGCGUACUACUAACACACCGCGGAUGUUCGGCUGUUUGAUUCUCACGUUUAAAUACGAAUCGCAAUUCUUGAUCACUGUUGAAGUAUUGACUGCCGAGUCUCUCGCCGACUGUACGAACAAAACCAGCCUUUUGCGUCGUUUACAACAUGUAGCUGCCGAAUGUCUAGCAUUUGAGACCGAUAGUCGUCGUUGAUUGCACAAAUCUUCGCGAGUCACGAUGACGGCCAGCACGGACGCAGCUGCGGCUUUACCCUCCACGAAGGUGAUACAGGUAACGAAUAUCGCACCGCAGGCCACCAAGGACCAAAUGCAAACGUUGUUCGGUUGCAUUGGCAAGAUCGAGGAUAUCAGACUGUACCCGCAGAUACGUGACGUGUCUGUUCCAGUCCAGUCUCGUAUAUGUUACGUCAAGUACUUCGACUCGUUAUGCGUUGCCGUCGCACAACAUCUCACUAACACCGUGUUCAUCGACCGAGCACUUAUUGUCACGCCCUAUCAAUCCUCGGUUGGGGACAUACCUGAUGAAUACAGGGCGCUAGAUAUUGCUAAUCAAGCGAACAUCGUGCCUGGGUUAUAUCCUUCUGAUCCCAAGUUGCCAGCUCACGUCGUCAAUCAAAUCGAAGGCAUCCCUCCAAAUCAGGUAAUUGUCACUAACGAUCCGGUAUUGGCGUCCAAUGGCUUACCGCCGUACCCACAAUUGCCCAUCACCUACGAUUCUAGACGAAUUGAAGAAAUUAGGCGUACCUUAGUUGCUAUUAACGUGGACGAAAAUGUGACUGAUGAUGAACUUAUUGGUUUUUUCCAAAAAGCUGGUGAUGUCAAGUAUGUUAGAUGGUGUAGUAGAGAAAAUGAUAUUACUCGUUAUGCUCUUGUAGAGUAUUCCGAACAAGCUAGCGUUAUAGCUGGAUUAAAACUCAAUGGAGUACAACUUGGUUCCCGUCCGGUUCAAGUAACACAUGCCACUCAAGCAAUUGCUAAACCAAUGGCUAAAAGUAAUGAAGCAGCCCAAAGAGAAAUCGAAGAAGCUAUGACUCGAGUAAAAGAAGCUCAAAGUUUGAUUUCUGCAGCUAUUGAUCCUGUCAUUGGUAUUUUAUCGAAAGACAAAAAGCAUGGCCAUUCCCACCGUAGAUCAAGGUCUAGGUCACAUGGUAGGAGUCGGCGUAGGUCAUCAUCUAGAUCACGUAGAGGACACUCACGCUCACGUCGAAGACGGUCAAGAUCACGUUCUAAAAGACGCUCUAGAUCAAGGAAAAGGUACAGGAGUCGAGACCGACGUUCUAGAGAGAGAAAAAGGUCACGGUCCAGGAAAAAAUCUAGGUCUAGAGAUAGAAAACGCAAAGCAUCAAGAGAUAGACGAAGAUCAAGAUCUAAAUCCAAGUCUAGACGUCGCUCAAGAUCUAGAAGUCAUAAAAAAGAUAGGAAAUAUUCUUCAAAACGAAAAGAAGAUAAAUCAGAAAAACGAAAAGAAAAAGACAAAAAAAAAGAUAACACCCCACCUGUUGUAUCAGAAGUUGAGAAAAAAAAUAAAUCAGCUACACCUGAAAAAGGGAAAUCUAGAUCAGCUACACCACCAAGAAGUAAUUCUAGGAGUCCACGAUCAUCUAGUAAAUCACCUAGGAGAAGUAGUUCGUCUGGUAGAGGAAAGACAUCUGAACCAGUUAAAAGCCGUUCAUCUAGUCAUAUUAGACGAACAUUGUCUCCAAAAAGAUCUAGGACAAGAACUCCGCUUCGUAAGCGAGUUAGCAGGUCUCCUCGCAGAAGUCGAACACCUAAGAAACGUAAUAGGAAAUCAAAUUCAUCGCAAAGGCGUACUCGUAAACGUAGUGCAAGUCGUCAUAAGUCACGUUCUCCUACUGAAAAAAGACAUAGACGUACUCGUUCACCCAUACGUAGAUCUCCAUCCCCUAGGUCACCUCCUCCUAGAAGGGUUACUAGAACUCCAUCUAAAAGUCCUCAGUCUCCUGCUAGAUCUGUAUCUAGGUCACCACCAAUUAGGAAUAAGAGGAGUACAUCUGACAGCAGAAAAAGAAGUAAAUCAACAAGCCGAAAAAGAAGCUUAUCAGUAGAUAGGAGCAGAAGAAGUAUGUCGAUUGAUCAUAAAUCCCGAUCAGAAAGUAAAAGUAGAAGCCAUACUCCUGGUUCAGCUAGGAGUAGGUCACCUGGAUGGAGAAAAAGUGAAUCCAUGUCACCACCACCUAAUAGACGAAGUACUUCUUAAAUCCAUAAUUUUACAUUUUUUUUAUUAUGUACUUGUAACCAUGUACACAAUUUAUUUUAAUUAUCCAACUAUAUUAAUUA